AUGAGUGUUGCUGCCCAGGCCUCGCUACAUUCCAUUAUCUCCCAGCUAUCUUCCCCUCCGCCGGACACAGACGACCUCGACUACGUCGCCGUGUGCGUGCUCUCCGACGACGGAAAUGCUCUCCUCUACCCCAGCGAACGAGACCCAUCGUUGGCCACCCUAUUGAAGGACUCCCGCUUUCGGGCCGCCAUCAAGGCGCGCACACCAGCUAUCAAGGCACUCCUGGCAGAGAUACAUCCUGAUGCAUCGCUGUUCGAUGCUCAUGAUGGCACCAAGUUGCCUAUCCUAGGUUCACUUGCGUCAACGCCGCAUGCGGCAAUGGCGCACCAUGCCUCUAUAGUACGAGAUGAAUCCGCUCUGGUUGUCUGGGCCAACAACGCGACCCACAUCGCUCAAUACUUUCUCGACCUCGAGCACCGACUUCGGCACACCGCGCGACUGUGCACUUGCGCCAUGCUGCCAUCCUUGACUCCAUAUCGCUCCCUUGGCGAAUCGAAGUCGACCACGUCCCUAGAUGAGGAGUUCCUGUACACGUCUUACCAGGGUCUCUUCGGCGACUCGACGAUGGGGCCAAUGUACGACGGGCCAGUGAUCGAGCUUCCAGAGCUGGAUCUUCCAUUCCGGCCACUGGAUAUGGAGUUUUCGUUUGAGGACGACGCUGUGAUGCCAGAUGACAUUGUCAGCGAAUACGCGGCGGAGCUUCGGGUGCAGGGACCUUAUGCUACUUCAUCCACGCUUCUACCCAGCCGGGUCUUCUCGAGUUCAUCUAGGAUGGCUAUGUUAGGAGCCUCUCACGAGACGGAGCCGCAGACUAUCUCUCCAAGUCUCCUGCACUCACCAUACAGUCCCGUCUCUUCCACCGUCUCGCCUGCAUCAACAUCCGGCGCCCCCUUCACACCAUGGUCCGCGGACGCGGGUGCACUGCCUGUAUGGACGACUUCGUCCGAGCUGCAGGUAUCGCCAACGAACACCAUCGACGUCACAUCCAUCUCCCCAGCAACAAAGUCGCUCGGCGGAGCGUUCGACAGGAUGGACGCGGCUUACGACGAUGAGGAGGCAUACGACUCACCCCUCACCCCAUACACCCCAGGGUCGCCGCCUCGCGCCAGCCCUGUUGGCGUAUCGCCGUCGGUGCUCUUGGCGACACCCCCGGAAGUCGGCACUUAUGCCAACUUCCGUCCUAAGCGCAAACGGGGUUCUGCGAAGACACCACCCCGCGAGGCAGGCAGUCCGAUGAUUCGUGAUGUGAAGCCACUGCCCAAGCGGCGUGCAAAGCGCGUGGAAGAUCAAGAGCUGACUUCCACACGCCUGCACGCCCUUCCUGGUCGCCCUUCGCCCAGGACUCGCGGAGGAAGCCGAACCAUCGAGGAACCGAUGCCCUCGAGUUCACAUGCGACGAAGCCGGCUGAUGCCUUCACUGCCUACCCGCAGUCAACGGGCGACGAGCGCGAUGCUAACUGCGACGAGAGCGACGGUGACGACGGCGACGACGAGUACGUCCCCAUCGAUGUGGAUGUUGCUGAUGAAGACGAUACCACGUUGGAACCGAAGCCUAAAAAGGGUCGCGUAGACGCUGGUUCGGAGGACAAGGCGACGAGAGGCGUGACUGCGAGGUCGGGGAAGGGCGUGACAAGGGGGAAGAAGAGGCGCGGGAGCGGCCCUCGCACCGCAUGUGGAUCGAAGAGGGGCAAGCAUAAGUGCGAGGAGUGCAGCAAGACCUUCACUCGCCCUGGCGACCGGGACCGCCACAUGAACAUCCAUCGCAACAAGAAGGUCGUGUGUGCAGUGUGCGAAGGGGUAUACGCUCGCCCAGACUCCUACAAGCGGCAUCUUCGCCCGGAUGGGACAUGCCCCAACUCCAAGAAGGACGACAUCGAGGUCGACAACGAUCCGGAGAGCGAGGAAGACGUGCCACUACGACGCUGA